UUUGGCUCCGUAAUUAAAGAAUUGGAUGGUCCAAUUUCAUCCACCGCUGACAAAAUCCGGCCGUUGAUUAAGAAGGCAGUUGAUGUUUAGAACAUGAAAUCCGAAGUGAUUUUAUUAAAGAAGAGCAAUUGUGGUUUGAUAUCUUCAUUCCCAGUACGAGCGGUUUUGAUCUUCGUCUUGAGAACAAAGGUGUUGAGCAUCUACCAUUGCCUCGAUCUCCAGGUUUCGCAAGUGCUGCAAGUUCGUUGCUUAUUUGGGUAUCAGGUACUCCGUAUGUGAGCAAGGUCGCUGACAUUUUGACCCCCUACACACCAUGGGAGUUGGGAUUAUGCUGGGGCUGUUGUUGUUCUUCGUUUGUGUCAAAAUAUAUAAAAGUUUAACAAGCUACUGUUUCGACUAGAGAUUAAUUUGGAAGCGUAAAAGGCAAAAUCUUCCAGUUGAGAAUGCGGCGAAGGCCGGGAAUCGGAGGGCUACAGAAUGCAGCCACGGCCAGGGAUCACUACCGAUUGCUCGGUGAAAAUGUAGCCAAACUGAAAACAGAUCUUCUGAAAGAGCAGCUCGCUACUUUUCGCUCUAUGCUUGAAGACUUUGCUCGAAAACACAAGAAUGACAUUCGUAAGAAUCCUGCAUUCAGAUCACAAUUUCAUGAGAUGUGUGCUAAAGUAGGAGUUGACCCUCUUGCUUCAAACAAAGGUUUCUGGGCAGAGCUCUUAGGAAUUGGUGACUUCUAUUAUGAAAUUGGGGUACAAAUUGUUGACAUAUGUUUGGCUACAAGGCCUCACAAUGGAGGCCUGAUCAGUUUAGAAGAAUUAUGUAAAGUUCUUGCUCAAAGACGUAAAAGUGCUCGUGAAACAGUGUCUGAGGAUGACUGUUUGCGUGCUAUAAGCAAGCUAAAGGUACUAGGUAAUGGUUUCGAGGUGGUUUCAGUUGGAAAAAGAAAGCUUGUUCGCUCGGUCCCAACUGAAUUAAACAAGGAUCACAAUGAAAUUUUAGAGCUGGCUCAGACUCAAGGCUUUGUGACAGUUGAUGAGGUACAAAGACACUUGAACUGGUCAUCUGGUCGCGCUACUGAUGCUCUUGAAACACUGUUAGAGGAAGGUCUAGCUAUGAUUGAUGACGGGCACCGCGAUGGCAGACGCCGGUAUUGGUUUCCCUGUGUAUCGUCAAUGUCUUCCUAUUCAGGAGCUGAUUCAGUUCCAGAAAUAAAGUCUUUUUGAUAUGUGAGUGUUUCUUCAACACACAAAAUCCAUCCCAUAAUUUAAAGAUUGCAAAAACUAUGUUGAUCCCUCUUCUUCCUUCCAUCCAGUGAAGGGGCAGCAAUUUAAAAAUAAAUUCAGCUGUUUCAAAUG